AUGUGGAUAGCACAAGGCAUGAUUUCAUAUGAGAAUAUUGGAGACAAGGAGGACACUUUAAUGGACAUCGCUGAGCUGUACUUAAGUGAGUUAGCCUCCAGAUCCAUUGUUCAAGCUGAAAUUAAUCUUGGUUAUGAUGUCGGAAUUACAAAAUAUGGUACAUGCAAACUUCAUGAUGUAGUAAGAGAACUAUGUUUGAAAUUGGGAAAAAAGGAGCAUUUUGGUGUGCAGAGUUUGGAGUAUAAAGGUGGGAAACGUAGUACCUUACAACAGGAAGCUUCGCCGCAUAUGAAGAUACAACAUCUGGCAAUAUAUUUCAAGAAUGAAGUCGAGUAUGAGCAUAUAGUUGCUUGUGGAGAAGAUACUUGGGAGCAUAUAAGAAUGAAGAAUCUCCGACAUUUCAUAGCAAGAAUACACGAUAAUGAAAGCUUGUCAGCUAUCAUGAAUGGAAUUAUGAACUGGAACAAGAUACAGAAUUAUCAUCAAGGACUAGUCUUCACCCAGUGCUCUUCACAAAAAACGAGUCUUAGUAAAAGAAGAGAGACAUCAUUUACGCCGCCGCUGGUUGGGUGUGGCUACGACGUGGGGUCGGCGGGAUGGAAGGCUACUCCCGGAGAGGCAGUGGUGUCGAUUGCUCUACAAACCAUCCGUGAUUUGCUAUCGGAAGAGGGAAGGUUCUUAUCUGGUGUAGGCAAUCAAGUCAAGGAGCUCGAGAGGCAGCUCAAAGAGAUGAAGUGUUUUCUAGAAGACGCUGAUAAAAGACGACAUGAAAGCAGAACCAUCACCAAUUGGAUCUCACAGAUCAGAGAUCUCGUCUACAGAUCCGAAUCUGCCAUUGAAAGGCACGCAGCUUAUCAAGUUUCUUCAAGGAGAAGAGGCCUCCGGCAGUUCGUCCGCAAAUAUUCCUGCAUUUUGGAAGAUUGCAACUCACUCCACCAAUUAGGGUCCGAGAUUUCAGAAAUUACAUCAAGUCUGGAGAGGAUAAGCAAGGGUAUGCAAGAAAACGGCAUAAAAAGAAGCAUAAUCAUGAAUCCAAAUGGAGAGGGGGAAAGCUCGGGUGGAAACAACAUGUCAAGGAAGACUUUCCCCUAUUUGGAGAUGGGAGAUUGCUUUGUAGGCAUGGAGGAUGAGGUGGAGCAGCUUGUUCAACUCCUAAGGCAAGAAACAGAGGAUCGAAUUAUUUCAGUGUGGGGAAUGGGAGGCUCAGGCAAGACCGCAAUUGCAAAGAAGCUCUACAACGAGACGACCGACUUUGACCUCUCGGCGUGGGUUUGCAUUACUCAGCAAUGUGAGAGUCGAUCAGUUUGGGAGGAUGUUCUGAGGCAACUAGAGAAUCAGAACAACAAGAAGAUAUGUGUGUCAACUUCAAAUCUGAACAAUGACCCAAGAAUAAGGAAGGAGGUUCCAAGUCUGAGCAACUCAGAGUUGAUAGAGAGACUAUGUGAGAUACAAAGAGAGAAGCGAUGUCUCAUAGUUUUGGAUGAUGUUUGGGAACUUUCUCAUUGGGAGGAGUUGAAGCAUCCAUUCAUUGUCCAAAAUUUGCAGAGCAAAAUAUUGGUGACAACACGGAAACAAAACGUGGCAGAGAUUGGAUUGGCAGUGAAACUUGGGCUCUUACACAUGGAUGUUGCUUUGGAACUACUUAAAAACAAAGCAUUUGACCAUGGCAACAUUCCAGACUUUGCUUUGGAAGAAAGAUUUGAGAAAAUUGGGAAAGAAAUGGUGCAGAAAUGUGGGUACUUGCCAUUGGCAAUUUCUUUACUCGGCGGGGUCUUGAGAAAGAAAAACUCGAUGGUGGAGUGGGAAUUAGUAAAUGAGGAUAUCAAAGAAGUCAUAUAUAGAGAUGAAAAACAGAUUGAUGGAGUUCUAAAUUUAAGCUAUGAAAGUCUACCCUAUUAUUUGAAGCCUUGCUUUCUUUCUAUGAGUAUAUUCAACGAGGACGAAACCAUACCUGCUUGGCAUCUAUAUAAGAUGUGGAUAGCACAGGGCAUGAUUUCAUAUGAGAAUACUGGAGACAAGAAUAAAAAUUUAAUGGACAUCGCUGAGUUGUACUUAAGUGAGCUGGCCUCAAGGUCCAUCAUUCAAGUUGAAAUUCAGUAUUGUUAUGAUGUCACGGAUAGAACUAGAAAAUACGGUACUUGCAAACUUCAUGAUGUAGUACGAGAAUUAUGUUUGAAAUUGGGGAAAAGGGAGGAUUUUGGUGUGCAGAGUUUGGAGUAUCAUGCUGGAAAGCUUAGUACCUUACGGGAAGCUUCCUCACAUGUGAAAAUACAACAUUUAACUAUCAAUUUCAAAAGUGAAGUCGAACACGAGCUUGAAGCUGCUUGUGGAGAAGAUACUAGCAAACAUAUAAGGUAUCUUCGAAUAUCCAAUCUCAUAAAAUCAAAUGUUCUUGAGUUUCCCCCGAAAAGUAUAGUUGAUUUUCAGAAAUUUAAAUUGCUGAGGGAUCUAGUCAUCGUGAGAUUCAAAUUUGCAGGAGGAAAGUUACCAAAAGGGAUCACUAAUCUUGUCCACCUUAGAUGUUUGCGUUUAGACGCAUGUGAACUUGAUAAGCUACCGUCAUCCAUGAGGAAUUUGGUAUACAUGGAUACCCUUGAUCUAAGAAAUUCAAUUAAUGUUGAAGUUCCAAAUGUUUUUAAGGAGAUGUUGCGAUUAAAACACAUGGUUUUUCCUGUUUAUGGAAAUAAAAAAGUUGGAAAUUAUCAUGUAAGAUUCGAUGAAGGGGAAGGAGCUAGCAAAGUGCGGGAGCAACUUGAUGAGCUCGAAGCUCAGGUUUUUGGAUCUGUUUGGAUGUGA